UGCUCGCUUCGGAAGCGUAUCGCGAUUUUCGUCGUCGGCGACGGGGUCUUUCUAUCUUUCAGUGUUUCACACUGUGCUACAAGCUGAGUGCUAGGUAUCUAUCAGCCGUGCAUGCGAAGAAGUGUUGAUGUUUUUGAUGCAGUUUUCUCUUUGCUAGAAAAAGGAAACAUCACUGCUGGAGAAAUUCAGUGAAUGAUAAGUUCCGUGUGUGUCGUCGUCGUAAUCGUUCGCGACGUCGUUGUCGAGAAUCUUUGAAUGGUUACUACUGGUGGGUGCAUCAUCAUUGAGGAGAUGAAUUUGAUUCAUUGAUCGAUUUCAUUACGUCGUCGUCGGUGCGGGGUUCUCAUCCUGGGGUGAAAGGUGCAGAUUAGAGUGCUCCCAUUUCGCGGGGUGCUGAGCGAGUGUAGUGCAUGCAGGCAUUGAUUUUGGAAGAAUAUUCAAUGGCACAGUGAGUGGAUGCUGUUGCGGGCUGUUCUUGCGAGGAAGAACGAAGAAUAUAAGUGUUGAAGGAGUGUGGAUUGUGGUGCGGUAAAGAAGAGCAAGCGAAACAAGCGAGAGUACCUACUACAUACAGGUGAAGAAGAUUGAGUGAGUGCGAGUGAGAAGCAAGACGGAGGAGCCAAGUUACAUCGUUGUUGUUGUCUUGGCGGGUGGUUGAGGUUGAGGUUGAGUUGAGGCGAGUUCGAGGAGAGCGUGCUGGAUUGCGCCGCUGAGUGGAGCAGUGCCGUUUUCGCUUUUGCUUUGGAUCAUGACGUUGUCUUCCUGCGGGAAGAAGGCGAGUGUUUUGAGGUCAGUUCGUGAAGAAAGCCCACAAGUUGGAGAGCUGCUGCAAGGAAAAGAAUCCUUCUGGUGAAUUAGUGCAAGGUUUGAUCUCGGUGCAACACUACGAAGAAUUCCCCAGGAUUGUGUAAUGCAUCUAUCGGAAUGCGGCUUGUGCGGGUCGUGCGUUGUUAUUGUUUUUGAUAAUCGCUUAUCACAUGGAAUCGAAUACGCCUAGCCGUCGACAUCGCGUGGAUUGAGAUUGUGCAACGCGUGAUAAGGAAGACAGCAAAGCGGCAUUUAAAAAGAUCGCGCGCGAUGUGAAGUGUGGAGUUAAAGAAGCGUGUGCUGCGAAAAUUUUAAAUGAGUUAAUCAGGAAAUCACAUGCUGUUCGUGCGGGAGAUAAGUGACAGUGCCUAAGUGAAGAAACGAAAAAAAUUCGCCUUUGAUUUAUUGUCGAUUUCUGCGUUUAAGUUGGUGUGUGGAGCUGCAAAGCCCCAAGAAGUAUAGAAGAAGGUGCACAAGAAAACCAAACAAAGAGCGUAUCGAAGAAGAGAAAAGAAAAACGAGUGAAAUCCAGUCGGUCAGCCAGCAAAAUGAACAACAACACUAGCAGCAGCGGUGGCGGCGGUCCCAGUGGAAUUGGAGGUCCAGGAGCCCCAGUAGGUAGUGGUGCCGGUGCGGCGGGCACCAAUAGCUCCCGGGCGCAUUUGCAGUCUCUGUUUAACAACUCGCUGGCCAUUCGGCAGGAGAUUCAGCGCUUCGAGAGCGUCCACCCGUCGAUCUAUGCCAUCUACCAUCUGAUCGACCUGCUGGACGAUGGGCAGGUGGCGGCGCAGAUACGCGACCACGUCGUAUGCAUUGAAGAUUCCUUCGUCAACAGUCAGGAGUGGACGAUCUCACGGUCGGUGCCGGACAUUCGACUGGGGAUCGUGGGCAGUUUGAGCUCGGGGAAAUCGGCGCUGGUUCACCGAUAUUUGACUGGAUCGUACAUGCAGGAGGAAUCGCCCGAGGGCGGACGGUUUAAGAAGGAAAUCCAGAUCGAUAACCAGAGUUACCUGCUGCUGAUACGGGACGAGGGUGGACCACCGGAGAUGCAGUUUGCCGCCUGGGUCGAUGCGGUCAUCUUUGUGUUCAGCCUGGAGAACGAGCAGAGCUUCAACGCCGUGUACACCUACUAUACCAAAAUGUCCCACUACCGGAACAGUGCGGAAAUUCCGAUCAUCCUGGUUGGGACGCAAGAUGCCAUCAGCGAACGAUCACCCCGGGUUAUCGACGACGCCCGGGCACGCAAGCUGGCCCAGGAUCUCAAACGGUGUUCGUACUACGAAACAUGUGCCACCUACGGGCUGAACGUGGAACGGGUCUUUCAGGAUGCCUGCCAGAAGAUUGUUCAGCAGCGUCUCUCGACCGGUUCGGCCAUCACUCCGACCAAUUCGCGACCAACGACGCCACAAGGCACCCGACUGGGGGUGGCCAGCUUUCACCCGACGACCGUUCCUAGUCCCACCAAUGGAUUUUCCUCGUCCACCGGAACCGGAAGCCCCGCCAGUGGACUCACGAUGAGCAGUUCCUCACCGAGUCAUCACAAUUCAAAUUUGCAACAGCAACAGCAGCAGCAGCUGAACCAAGGGACAAUGACCCUACCGCAUCGGCACCACGUUCUUUCCGCGUCGAGCCAUCACAUUCCGAUCAAGGUGAGUUCUGAACUGUUGGCCAGCGAAUCGGGCCAUAUGAGCCUAUCGCAGCGGGAAUCGCAUCCCUCGCAAAAGUGGGGAACCAUUUCGCACGGAACAUCCCAACAGGCCUUGCUGGCGCUGACCAACGAGAACAACAAUAUCGCGAAGUUCGUUCCACCAAGCCACCCAGUCUCCGGCGAUGGUCUGCAACCUCUAGGCCUAAUCCCACCUUCUGGCAAAGACUCGGGUGGUGGGACCGGUGGCGGAGGGGGUGGUAAGGAUAAAGAACUGCCGACGCCCACUUCAACACCGACCACUUCGAGAAAAAGUCGACGAAGAUCCAAUCUGUUCAUUCCUUCCUCGUCGAAGAAGGAACAACAGGAUAAGAUCAAAAAUGGCGAACUCGGCAGCGGCCGGGCCAUUCCGAUCAAGCAGGGAUAUCUGUACAAACGAAGCAGCAAGUCGCUGAACAAAGAGUGGAAGAAGAAGUACGUCACGCUUUGCGACGAUGGACGGCUCACCUAUCAUCCCUCGUUGCACGACUACAUGGACGAUGUCCACGGGAAGGAAGUGUCCCUACAGUACGUAACGGUCAAGGUGCCGGGACAGAAACCGAGAGGCUCGAAAUCUAUCAUUACCAACAGUGCCCUGACGGGAGGAGCGAAUUCGGCUGCGCCUCCGCUCUCCAACGGGAAAAUGACCGGAUCCACUGGAUCGCAGGGCGGCGGAAGCAACGGCUUAACCGAAGGAAUCGGAGGCCUCUCGUUGGCGAAGGAUCGCAAAAUGACGGAGAAGGUGCUACUGACGGCAUUCGAUACGCUGCGGGAACCGGUGAAAUCCAACUCGCAAACCAGCGGCGACGAGGGCAUCGUGAUCAGCAAUAGCAAUUCACAGAGCUUCAUCGGUUCGGAUGGCAACACGAGCAAGCUGGACGCCCAGACGCCGAACGUGAAGAAGCGGCACCGGCGAAUGAAGAGCAGUGGCGUGGGGAAGAACAACGAAUACGACGAUUCCGAUGGGUUCGAGUUUUACAUCGUUUCGCUCGACAACAAGCAGUGGCACUUCGAGGCAUCCAAUUCGGAAGAACGGGACGAAUGGGUGUCGGUCAUCGAGCAGGAGAUUUUCAAAUCCCUGCAGGGGAUCGAGUCGUCCAAGUCGAAACCGCUGAAUCCGAGCGACAUCGCUUCAAUGCAAUCGAUCCGGAGUCGGGUGCCGGGCAAUGGGUACUGCGUGGACUGUGAUUCGCCAAAUCCCGAAUGGGCCAGUUUGAACCUGGGUGUGCUAAUGUGUAUCGAGUGUUCCGGAGUGCACCGGAAUCUUGGCUCGCACAUCAGCAAAGUACGAUCUCUUGGACUGGAUGAGUGGCCUCCUGGCCACCUCAGCGUGAUGCUCGCCAUCGGCAACAGUCUCGCCAACUCGGUGUGGGAAUCCAAUACCCGCGGUCGGGUGAAACCCACCCCGGCCAGCUCUCGGGAGGAGAAGGAAAGCUGGAUCCGGCUAAAGUACGAAGCGAAAGAGUUCCUGCCCACAUUCAGCGCGACACCGCCAAUUGGCCAUCAGCUGCGGGAAGCCGUCGUUCGGUCUGACAUGAAGGCGAUCAUCAUCCUGCUGGCCAAUGCCAGUGCCGAACACAUCAACUCCACGGUGAGCAGCCGGGAUCUGCGGACGCCACUGCAUCUGGCGUGCGCGAUUGGAAAUCUGGCCAUUUCGCAGCUGUUGAUUUGGCACCACGCCAACCUGAAGCACAUCGACCACGAGGGCCGAUCGUGUCUGACGUACGCCAAGGCGGCCAACUCGCUGGCCGCGGCCCGUCAAGCAAGCAAUACCCCGCACCACGUCAAUGUGGAAACGACCUCGGCGCUGGUCGAGCUGCUGACCAGCCUCGGCUGUACGGAUCCGGCGCCGUUCACGGCCAGCGGCACCCUUCCCCGGCGGAGAGAAACCAUCGACCAGGGUACGUUCGAGAAGUUUUCCUCGAACAUCAUUUGAGGCAAGUAGGUGGCAAGUGAAGGCGGUGCGUGCGCGUAGCAAAUUUAGACGAAAACCUAGUUUGAAAAUUUCGAAUGCGCUAGGUGAGUGAGUGUCGUCCGGAAAGGGCGCACCACCCGCCCCAGCCUUGUUGAACAAGCAAAAGCAAACGCGAAAACAAUGUGAUCCCUCUAUUUAGAAGAAUGUGGAAAUGACAAAAUAUUCAUCAGGAAAAUACGGACGGAUACCUAAAUUGAUCUGGUUUUAUUUAUCGUACACACAGAGUAGUAGUUAUGUUGUAAGCGAGGCAAAGGUACCAAUUUAUUUAAUGAAAACUCCCAAACUGAAUUCCCCCGGAUCCCCCCGCUAGUUGUUUAAGUUGCGAGACCGAGCUGACGGAUUUAACCCUUUUAGACGUGUAAGAGACGCGGUUCAAAUGUUCAAAAUUUGUUGUUUUAUGUAAAAGAUUUUUCCUGAGACUAAUUUUAUGUUGGAUUUGUUUACAUAUUUUUUCUGUAAAUAAUAAUGCUUAAACACUCGAAUGGACCUGUAUUGUAUAUUGAACUGAACGGUUUAGUUGUAGAAGCUUAACAUCCAGGAAAGUUAGGGGUUUUUUGCGGAACAAGUUUUCACAAAAGUUAGAACAUUUUAUGUUUGAAACCUUGUACCGUAAAAGGCCGUAGUCUUCCUGGAUGUUUGUAAUAACUAAUCAUAAUUGGCUUGAUAAGCAUAGAUCAAGAUCGCACCGUCUACUUAAAACAAUUAUCACCACACAGUACACUGUUGAUUUGAUCACUAUUCCACGAAUUCCCAACCCUUUAUACCAUUAUUGCUUUUUAUAGUUCCAAUUUCUUGUUAUUUAGUUUAUGUUGUUUCUACCUAAUCGAAUCCAUAUCAACUAGGAGUCAUUUUCUUUUGUUCGUUCCACUUAUUAUCCUAAACUUUCAUAGAUUAUUGAUCCCCCAAAGAAUGCCAAAUUGUAGUGUGCAGAAAAAUCGUAUUCUUAAACAAAAUCAGCAAACUUUAAAGAAAACAAAACUUAUCGGAAAUGCUUUUCAGAAAUAACAUAGCAGUUACGUUUAGCAAACCAUUAUUAAACAAAACAAAAUUAUUCAUGCGUAACAAUGACGUAGUUAAAAAAAGAGCACCCUUAACAAUCGAUCACUACCUUUACUAGAAUCAGAACAAAUAGGCAGCGUUAGUUGAAACAUUCAUAUAGUAUCGAGAACAGAACAAAAACAAAAGCAGAUCCUAUUAAAUAUAGUAAUUUAACAGCAGUUUAGGCAGUUCCCCUUCCGCAAAAAGGGCAUAAUGAUGGCAUUUCCUCUCCGCGUUAGACACAGAGUUCAAGUAAAAGAAAAAAAAAACCGCAAAGUAUAUGAUAGAUGAAUCCCCAACACAACACUUUUCCCGCGCGUCCCUGAUCCCGCAUUGACUAGUACAUAUUGUGUAAUGCAGCAGCAGCAAACAAGUAGGAUAGUGAUGCAAAACCAACAACAUUUAUGAAAGCUACCAGCAGCAUGUAACCAUCAUCAGCGUAACAGCUGACCACACGAUUGGGGUCUAAUAUCAGCAACAACACCGGCGCGGAUAAAGUUAUAGCGAAAUUAUGUUUGACCUCCACAGUAAAAUGGUGGAGGUGGUGGUGAAUGCAAAUCCGACAGUAGUGGAGGACGCGAGUGUGCGACUGUGUAAAGAAGCGUAGUGGAAAAAGAAGGAGUUACAAAAUGGCAGAAAAUAAAAGCGAAAAUUAUGUGAAAAUAUUUGAAA